GAGCAUCGACGUCCAAAGGAGGGGCAUCUCCCCCCCGGUGCUGAUUACAGGAGAGGACGCACCGCGAGCCAGGGACUCGACUCCGAGACAGACAAGAGCGAACAUGUUCGAGACCAGAGGAAUCCCCUUCGUCCUGCUGGACAUAGCCUGUCUGAUUCUAGGAGGUCUGCCUCUGGCAGCCUUUAACCUGGGUAAGAUCCGCCCUUACCAGAGGGGCUUUUUCUGUAACGACGAAAGCGUCAAGUACCCUUUCCACACCAGCACAGUCACCUCCACAGUCCUCUACACUGUGGGCUUCACCCUGCCCAUUAGCUGCAUGAUCUUUGGCGAGUGCCUUUCAGUUUAUGUAAAUCGCAUCAAAUCCAAGUCGUCUUUCGGCAGCUACAUCGCCUGUACUUACAAAGCCAUCGGCACCUUCCUCUUUGGUGCCGCGAUGAGCCAGUCGCUGACCGACAUAGCCAAGUAUUCCAUUGGCCGGCUCAGGCCGCACUUCCUGGAUGUUUGCAAACCUGAUUGGACGCGUAGCAACUGCUCAACAGGGGUAUAUAUCGAAGACUUCAUGUGCACUGGAGACCCGACGAUGGUCAAUGAGGGCAGGCUAUCCUUCUAUUCCGGCCACUCCUCUUUCUCCAUGUACUGCAUGCUGUUCCUGGCUCUCUAUCUGCAGGCUCGACUCCAGGUUGAAUGGGCGAGGCUACUGAGACCCACGAUCCAGUUUUUCCUGAUUGCUGCCUCAGUGUUCACGGGAUUGUCGAGAGUGUCAGAUUAUAAACAUCACUGGAGUGAUGUGCUGACUGGACUCCUGCAGGGGGCCCUUAUGGCUAUUCUGGUGGUCUUCUUCGUGUCUGACUUUUUCAAGCCACGCGUGGAUUCCCGUAAAGAAGCGGACAUCCCCCACACAACCCUGCAGGAGACCCCAACAAAUGGAAACCACUUUGAGAGUCCAAACUAAGCUAAGUGAGAUGUGGAGGAGGACAAGGAGGAUACCUCUGCUCUGUCCAAACGCACACCCAGGAUCCCAGCUCUAGCCUUUCAUCUCAUGCAAAUUCCCAUCAGAUAGCCUGCUUGGAUUUUAAGUGUGGAUUACUAAAUAUCUUAUUUUCAAGUAAGCUAGUGGAUGACUCACCUCAGGCUUUUUCAGAUUUUACGACUUUAUAAUUUUAGGCAAUCUGCAGUCUUGUUCACUGAUUCUCCAUUAAAGGGAAGUGGUGAGACAACCUGUCCAACCUUUGUAGAUAUGCUAAAGUGACUGAAACAGAUGUAGGUUAGGGGCUAGAGAUUCUGUAAGGACGGGAACCAUCUAUCUACUGAACAAGUGGGAAGACUUACCUGCAUGCACUCACUAAAGGGUCUGACCACUACUGGGGGAGAGAGAGAGAGGAGAGUUGGAAACCUGUGAAUGUAACCCUGCUUUGUGCUUUCCCUGACCUGGAGUCAGUCUAUUCAAAGAUCUGAUUUAGGGUUAGUUUUAGGCCAACCCCGGCUCUCAGAAACGAUGAAUCUCACAACUUUGCUGCCCUUAGGUCCAGUGUUAAACUUUCCUCGUGUAAUUAGCCCUUUGUUUGUUUCUUAAGGGUAGAACGCGCUGGGGGCUAAAGCUAAUCCUAGACCAGAAUUCAACACUGCUUCAAAUCUGGAGCUGCCGACUCCAGGCCACUGCCGCUGCCGUCUGAUUCUCCAACCGUCUAACCUCCAUAUAGUCGAGGAGGAAGCUUUACUAGUAUCAUGUUUGGUUAGAGUUGAAGAGUCAAACGGUCAGUUUUAAGUCCCGUGUUGCCUUUGCUGGGCUGCUGCUGCUGCUGCUAUCACAGCUUCCUGUGUAUCUAAGAACUAAUGUAAACAUUAAGUGAAUAGACAAUGUACUUUUGUAUAAUCUGUAUGUAAAAACAAAUCACCAUACAGACUUUUAUUGAAAAAAAAACAAACUUAAAUAUGUACAGAUGUCUAAAAUAAGAAAAAGGAAAAAUAAAGCCAUUUUACUUAUUAACAUGAACACAAUUGGAACACAAGUGUUGGAUGUAUUUUGUCAUGAGCUGUCCAAUUAAUUUGUCAUCAAUGGACCACCUUACCCAUGUAAGCAAAAAACAAUAAAAUCACGAA